AUGAGUGUAGGAGAUAAAAAGAUUGUCGAGAAAAGGUUUGUGUUUAAUGGUGAAGCAAUAUCAAAUCUAAAAGCGGAUGUUAAAACCAAUGGUUGUGGUUCAAAGUUGCCAGAACACCAACCAACACGAGUGGAGGUAGUGACAGCACUCAUAUGGAGGGGUCUCAUUAUGUUCUCUCAGGCUAGACAUGGUUAUUUAAGGCCUUCCCUCCUGACACAUGCAGUUAACUUGAGAGGAAGGACAAUUCUACAUAUACCAGAGAAGUCUUGUGGAAACUUCACAGGCAUAGGAAUUGCUCAAUUUAUUCCAAAGCCAGAUGAUGAGAGCAACAUGCAGUUUCAUGUACAUAAGGGAAUGCUGCAAAGAAUUGAAUACUUGAACAUUUUCAGUAAACUUCAGGAGUUUUUAAUUCAUCUGAAGACAAAUUCUGAGGCCAUUUAUGCACUGCCUUCUGCAGCCUGA